AUGGCCGCAGCAGCACGAGUAAUACCACCAAAGCUCUCGCGUCUACCUUCUUACAACCUCGACAAAUCAGCUCGCAAGGAACUCACUUACGACGACUGGAAAGCUGCGCAAGAUUUGCGGGCGAUGGUGUCUCCCACCAAAUUUACCCUCUGGCGGGAUCAUCACAGACACCGCAUGUCCCAGCAUGAGCAGUACAAAGAAAACUCAAAAGCACUGGUUCCGACAUUGCAAGAAAUGCUCGAAACAAGGCUGUCUUCGGCAUGCGACUGUCAUGCUUGCAGUACCCGUCCGAAAUGA